AUUUUUUUUUACCCCUACAUUUAUCCCUUUACCCCUACAAACUAUUCAAUAUUCCUAUUUUAUCCCUUGUAUCAUUUAACUUUACCCUACAAAACUAUUCCGGUACAUAAAAAAAUUAUCCAAUGUUCCGGUAUGUGUAACUUUGGUUUGUUCCGGUAUGUACCAAAACAAUUCGAGUUCAAGAUCCAAGUCUCCUCGGUUAAAUCCAAGUCUCCAUCUUCAACCAAGUCUCCAAAAUAAAUAUUAAUGGCCCUUCUCAGAUUAAAUCCAAGUCUCCAUCUUCAACCACAAAAUAUUUUUCCAAUUCUUCGGCUCUGUAAAAAGUAAACCAUUCUUUUCAUAUAAUCUUGUAAAUACAAAUCAAUCCAUUCAUCUUCUCCAAUAUGAUUAAAAACAUAAUCCAAGUAAAGUCCAAAUCAAUCCAUUCCUCUUCUCUGGUAAAGGAUCGAGAUAGAUAAACGACGUCGUCGAGGGAGUAGGUUUGGUAGAAAUCGAUUGGCUUAUUUGGCGGAGAAGAGAUGUUAGAAGAUGUUUUUGCGGCGAGCUUCGUCAUCAAUGCUUUUGUUAUGACUGUGCUUGAAGGGUGGUGGUGGAGUGGUGGGAGAAGGUUGUUGUUGUUUUGAGUGAAGGGUUGAGGCAGAUGAGAUUGAGGAGGAGAGAAUAAGUUGUGAGGUGAAACAAAGCUAUUGUUGAAGAAACAACAAACCGGGACUAAAUUUUUAAGUUGUCCGGUAAAGUUGCACAUAUGAUUUCUGUAUACCGGAAAACUUCAGAAAUUUUUAUGAACAAACUAAAGUUACCGGAACAUUGAAUAAUUAUGUACCGGAAUACUUUUGUAAGGUAAAGUUAAAUGAUACAAGGGAUAAAAUAGGAAUAUUGAAUAGUUUGUAGGGGUAGAGGGAUAAAUGUAGGAGAAAAACAAAUUUUCCUACUAAUAUAUUCAUAACAAAAAGGAAGAUAUGUACACAACCCAACCCAUAAAUUCUCUAACCUCACUUUGCCGCCUCCGACCGUCGAUCCCUUACCGACCCCGGCCUUCGUUGCAACGCUUCUGCCGCCGUUAAAAUGUCAUUUUCAGUGCUAACUCACGGUUUCGGUGCUAUCUCUCUUUCCAUUCCCAACAAUUUCAAUCAUCCUCGCCGGUUUUACUCUCACAACGCUCAUUCCCAACCAUUACAUCACAAUCUUAUUGUUGAUGUUGAUGAUGCAGUUUCUUCAUUCAAUCAAAUGCUAUAUAUCAAACCUACACCAUCCAUUAUCAAAUUUGGUAAGAUUUUAGGUUCUCUUGUUAAAAUCAAUCAUUUUCAUACUGUUAUUUCUCUCUCUCAUCAAAUGGAACUCAAACAAAUUCAACCUAAUAUUGUUACUUUAAACAUCUUAAUCAAUUGUUUUUGCCAACUUCAUCAACUCAAUUUUGCAUUUUCUGUAUUGGGAAAAAUUAUCAAAUUAGGUUAUCAACCUGAUACAGUAACAAUGACUACACUUAUCAAUGGCAUGUGUCUUAGUGGUCAGGUUAAUAAAGCAUUGCAUUUUCAUGACGAUGUUAUAUCAAAGGGAUUUCACCUUGAUCGAGUUAGUUAUAACAUCUUGAUUAACGCGUUAUGUAAAACCGGAGAAACAAAAGCUGCCCUAGAGAUUCUUAGAAAGAUUGAAGAGUUAAUGGUUAAACCAAACGUGGUAAUGUACAACACGGUCAUUAAUAGUCUGUGCAAGGAUAAACUUGUGAGUGAUGCCUUUCAUUUAUAUUCUGAAAUGAUUGUCAAGAAAAUUGCUCCGGAUGUUGUUACGUACACUACUUUAAUAUAUGGUCUUUGCAGUGUGGGUCAAUUGAACGAAGCGGUUGGUUUGUUAAAUGAAAUGUUGUUGAAAAAUAUUAGCCCGAAUGUUCAUACUUUUACUGAGUUGGUUGAUGGUUUAUGUAAGGAAGGAGAGAUUGAAAUAGCUAGAAAUGUCUUAGCUGUUAUGAUAAAACAAGGUUUUAAACCAGAUGUUGCUACGUAUACUUCUUUAAUAUAUGGGUAUUUCUUGGUUAAAGAAGUGAACAAGGCUACAUAUGUAUUCAACACUAUUGCUCGAAGGGAAGUGAAACCUAAUGUUCAUAGCUACAAUGUCAUGAUUAAUGGAUUAUGCAAAAAUAAAAUGGUGGAUGAAGCCGUGAGUCUCUUCAAAGAAAUGCAUUUGAAAAACAUGGCUCCUAAUACUGUAACAUACAAUUCACUUAUUGAUGGACUUUGCAAAUCAGGGAGAAUAUCUGAUGUUUGGGAUCUUCUUGAUGAGAUGCAUGAUAGAGGCAAACCUGCUAAUGUGAUCACUUAUAGUUCUUUAUUGGAUGCUUUGUGCAAAAAUCAUCAGGUUGACAAUGCGAUUGAAUUAUUGAGGAAGAUCAAAGACCAAGGAAUUCAGCUAGAUAUGUAUACAUACACAAUACUUAUUGAUGGGCUAUGCAAAAAUGGAAGACUUAAGGAUGCACAAGAGAUUUAUCAGGAUCUUUUGAUUAAAGGCUAUAAUUUUGAUGUGAAGAUGUAUACUGUUAUGAUUAAUGGGCUUUGUAAGGAGGGCUUGUUUGAUGAAGCAUUGUCCUUGGUGUCAAAAAUGGAAGAAAACGGUUGCACCCCUGAUGCUGUUACUUACGAAACUCUUAUUCGUGCUUUGUCCGAAGACGACAAGAAUGAUAAGGCGGAGAAACUUCUUCAUGAAAUGAUUUCUAGAGGUCUUUUAUAAUAGUAAAACUAGAAUAUGGAAGGGUAAUUACAAUGCAAACAGAAAGGAAAAGAAAAUCUGAUAGGAUCACUACCAGCCUAGCCAAAUGGUUCCCUCAGUCGAGAACAUUCUCUUUGAUCAAUCUCACUAUAACCGAAUUCUAUUAUGAUUUUUCUCUCUGAUCAAUCUCACUAUAACCGAAUUCUAUUAUGAUUUGUAGAUAAAGAAGGCCCUCUACUGUUCAAUCAUCUGCUGUUGAACAGGUAUGGUAGAGCUGUUGGAUCUAGGUGCAAGGAAGUGCAGUUGGAUCUACAACAUCUCUGCAAAUGCUGCAGAGGAUCAGGUCCAAAUAUUUUACCCUAUAAACAAUGGUUUGUGUCUAGCAGGCUGCACCUUUAGCUAGUUGCGAGUUAACAGAGGCAACUAUAGUGGCGAUGCGUAGAGGCCCCUAGACGCUGUGUGAAACCUCGUUAUGUUGUGUUUGAGUAGCGGAUGCGGCAGAUGAUACAGUGAAGGAAACACUUCUUUGUUGAUACAUGUCUCCUAACCUAUUUGUGCACAAACUAUCAUCUUGACAAGGCAAUUGCACUGUUUACGAAAAUGAAGGGUCAGAGUAUUCAAGCAGACACAGUAGUGAUUGACGGGAUGUACAAAGAUGGAAGACUUAAGAAUGCACUCAAGGUUUUCAAGAGACUUUUAAUUAAUGGUUAUCAUCUAGAUGUCUUCUUGACGUAUAAUGCUAUGAUCAAUGGCCUUUGUAAAGAGGGCUUGUUUGAUGAAGUAUAUUUUCCAAGCUCUAUUUGGAAAAGGGAAGAUAGAUAUUCUUCUUUGUGAAACGAUUGCUAGAGGUCUAUUAUAAGAGUACAACAAGGUGAGAUGCUUUCUAUUUACAAACUAAGUUAUUUCAAUUUUCAUGACUACCGCCCUAUGUUUAUUUCCUUUUAAUGUCACACAUGGACUUCACUUGCAAUUUUGUUUUUAUUGAAGUUACAUGUUUUUCGGUUCAUAUUGAUAUUGAAAGAAUAGUGGUGGUUAAUCUGUUUUCUAUUUUUUUCUAGUCUCGACAUAUUGCAGCUACAGUCUGUUAAUAUCAGCCCUGUUAUCAUUUUAUUAGUCUGAUAAUAUUCAGUUAGUUAGACUGUUACUGUUAUAUCCAGCUAUAAAUAAUAGAACCUGUUAUAGCCAGCUAUAAAUAAGAGAUAUAUUUAGAAAAAAGUAAGAAAUGCAUCUAGAAUUUGUACAAGGUCUUAUAUUUAGGAACAAACAAAUGUUAUAGAUGAACCUUAUAAUUAGGGAUAGAGGGAGUAAAAGAUUUUUUUUGAAAUGUUUUUAUUGAAAUUGUUUUACAAAACAUGACUUGUGAGACAUGAAUUUUUUGUUUGUUUAUGUUCUGUUCCAUUUAGGAUAUGGUUUUGAAUUUAAUCUAGUCUAGACAUGUGUUUUAGGCUGCAAUUUACAAUGCAUUGUAAAUGGUUGAAAGUGUGAGUGGUUUUACACUUGUCACAGACUAGCAUUUUAUUUGAGUCAACAGAGCUAAAAUUGUGUCUGGUAUAUUUGUUUUUACUUAUAUUAAAAAUAGUUCCACUUGAUUGUUUUA